UCAGUGGCAAAAGGUCCCACAUGCCCACCGAACGUAAACAAACCGACCGACGCCAGAGCAUAACUCAGAUAACAUUUUGAAAUGGUUUCAAGUACCUUACGGAAUUUGUACAGUACUACCUUUAGUCAGGCCAAUUCGCCAGAAAGUGCCCUUCUCGCCGUAGGAAAUAAUGAAGGAAAAAUUACUGUGUUUGAUUUAAAAGGUGUGAAUACAAGUCGAGAAACAGGAGUUGGUGAGAGAAUAAAGGGUCCAUACCAGGUCAUCAAUGCACAUAGUGAUGCAGUGUACUCUAUGGUAUCCACAGAUACCUUCUGUAUAUCCGGAACAACAGGCUUAAUAGCGGGUCGCAGAUGGAGUGAUCUUCGUAAACAAAAAACUCAGCCAGCUUGGACCAUAUCCCUAGAGUGUGACCAAGCAAACUUUGGAACUCCAGAAGUCAAUGGUCUGGCAUAUGAUAGCAUACGAGGGCUUGCUUAUGCAGCAUGUGGCGAUUGGCGGACACAUGUCUAUGAUCUCGAAACUGGAAAACGCACUCAGACAUUGGAAGGUCAUGAAGAUUAUGUUCAUGAUGUUGUAGUCGGAGGUAGUUUAGUGGCAAGCAGUGGCGAGGAUGGAAGUGUCUUAGUGUGGGACCCAAGAGCAGGACGAGAGCCUAGACACAGGAUAGUCCCUCAUGAGUUGGAGCAGUUGGCAAGACCUAAUCUUGGGAGAUUUAUUUCCUCCCUUGAUCUCAACAAUGACUGGCUGGUAUGUGGAGGAGGACCAAAAGCAGGUAUAUUCCAUUUGCGAUCUUUAGCUCUCACCACAGUCCUGCCACCUGCUAAAGCUGCUGUUCAUGUGACUAAGUUUACAAGAAAUGCUGAAGGUGGUGACAGAGGGGGGAUUGUGGUUGCAGGAAUAUUGCCUCAUUUAUCUGUAGUCAGUAUGGCAGGUGAAGUGACUGCACAGCUUCCAUCCUCAUCACCCAGUAUCUAUACAGUCAGCAUCACAGACAAACCAUUCACAAUGAUGACUUACGGAGGAAUGAGUACAAAGAUAGAUGUUUGCUUCAAUCUGAAUUACCGUGACCAUUCUGUUUCCUUGCUGGAAGACUGAUAUUGAUGAAUAUAUUUUUGGGAUUAAAAAUGAUGAAAAUGCAGGGAUAUGUCUAUUAGUUCAAAACUCAUAUUCCAGUUUAAGCAUUGAUUUUAGAUUCCUUUGACAUACAGUCUGCCAAAAAUAAAUUAUUAAUUUUUUAUGGUUCAUUUGUUUUAAUAAUCAAAGAAAUAUAUGUACUCAUCUAAGAAGGUAUUUGUAAAAAAAGUAAAUCAUAUUUACUCUAAA